AUGUAUGGAAGGAAAGCCAUUUCUGCUUUAAAUUUUGUGGAUCACCCAAUAUCGGAUGAUCACGAUAUUUCAUCAACAAAUUCUCUUGUUAAAAAGAAUGUUUUUAGGGAUAAAUAUGUUUCUCUGAAGGCAAGACCAAGAUAUGGUUCACUCCAUUCCGAUAGAAAUCCAAAAUAUGCAAAAGCAACAUUAAAUGAAGAUGCAGAGUUAUUAGUAGCUGGGAAUAUGAAAAAGUGGAGAUCAUCUCUGAUUCUGAUGGAAGUAGGACUGAAGGAAUUAAUUGAUAAAGCAGAGGAUUCGAGAGAUAGAUUUAAAAGUGUAACCUUAAUAGACUACUGUCUUUCAAUAUUGAAAGAAUUGGAAAAUAAUUCUAUUGGAGGUGAAGCUUAUAUAUUUUCUUCCAUAAGAAGAGUAUUUGAGGAAUGUCUAUUUGUUAAAUCAGAGGUGGAUGAUAGAUUUAAAGUACCUUUUUAUUCGUUAGUAGUGAACGACAGAGAUAUUGGACUGCUGGAUGAAAUGAAAAAAGCUGCAGCAGAUUAUGAACUCAUUUCAGAGAGUGAGCUUGAAAAGGGAAAGCUUGUAAAAGAAUUGUCUAAUGAAAAACGAGUACACAGCGACUGUAGAGAAGAAUUAAAAAAGCUUACUGCAGCUCAUGAGAAACUGAAAGAGGAGUGUUCAAAUCUUAAAAAGAGUACUGAGCAAUCCUAUAAGGAAUUAAGAGCAAAACUCGACGAAACUGAAAAGAACAAUACUAAAUUAAGAACUGAAAUUAAGUUUUUAAGAUCCUAUAAGGAAGACAACGAAACAAAGAAGAAGAGAUACUUUGUAAUGAAACGUUUCCAGAUGAAAGAUAAGAAAGAUAUGCAUGAUAUACAAGAAGAUCUAUCAGUACUCACAAAGUUACACGAGCAAUUGGAAAUGCUUGAAAAUAGAAGGAUUGAAGACUACUCAUUUGAAAUCCAUCAAGCUAAGCAAGUAGAUAAAUCGACCAUAAAGACAGAAUUUGUUUCUGAUGCUCAGUUACUGAAUAAUGAAAUGAUGAUAAUUCACGAAAAAGUGAAUAAGUUGGACGAAAACACUCUUAGAAUCAAAACAAAAGCCGAAGAUCAACAAAAGAAAAAGCCAAAACUUGCAUUUUGUGUGAGUAAUGAUACAACUUCACCAAUGAUGGGCCUGGAUGCUUUGAGUUUGAGAUCUUCAAUAGAAGUAUUCUUUUCUAAAAGUGAUGGUAAAUUCAAACUUGCUCAUCGUUCAACAAUCACACCUCAGUACACUCCAGAAGUGGUUGAAGUACCCCAUGGUGUUACUCAUAUGAAACUUAUUCACUCUCAAUUGCAUUAUUACAAAAACCAUCCAAAUAUGCAGGACGCCAUUAACAAUCCUAAUUUCGAUCCUAUUCUUCCUCUUGAAUGUGAAGUUGUAGACCCUCUUGAAGAAGAUGAGAAGUUCACUUUCCUCAAACCAACCCUAAGCAGAAUUGGUAUUUCACCAAAUACUCAAGCAAUGAGCAAAAUAUGGGAUGUUUAUAAAUCGAGAUAUGGAAAUAAGAUUAUUACAGAUGUGACAACAAGAAAGAUGACCUUAAAGGAAGUGAGAGAGAUUAUUUUAGAUACAUAUGUACAACACUACAAAGAUUAUAGACAGCCUCAAAAGGAGGUAAAAAGCAUUGAUUAUCUGCUGUAUGAUGUUUUGGAUCAAUUGUUUGUAUUACCUGAGAUUGUACAUAAGGUCAGCUUUGAGUUUUUGACUGCUUGCGAAGAGUUUAGAGCCAAGUACGCUUUUACUAACAAUGCUAAGGAUAUUCUGGAAUUUUGUAAAUCUAUGGAGGGUCUUAAUGAUCCAGCAUUCGGUGCAAGUGUUUCACUUGCCUUACAUGCAUUAAGAGCAAAAUGGAACAAUUAUGCUAAGGACUCCAAAUCACCUCUGAAGAGAGAAGCUGUUAUUGAAAUUUUAGGAUCUAUCUAUCAAGAAGUUCCAACAGAAGAAAGAGAAACUCUUAUUAAUGACAUUAUUAUGGCCGAUCCUGUUUGUUUUGAGAGCAAUCAAUAUUUCCUUUCCAAAUUGAACACUUUCUUCAUUAUUGCAUUCAGAGAUGUAACAGAAUAUUGGACAGAAAUGGGAGAAAGUAAAGUUCUCGUUAAAUUCGAGAAAGAUAGACUACAAUUAGAAGAAUUUGUUCCAUUUAUGCUAGAAAUUGAUCCAAACUCAAAUAAGGAUAUUUGGAAAAAGAGAUUCAAGGAAUCGGAAGUUAAAGAAGCUAAUAAUCCACACAAUAGUAGUACUCUCACACUCAUCACCAACUUGACUAGGGCAGGGUUAGGUCUUUCAAGCAAAACAAUUGGAUAUAUAUUUGCUGAAAUUAAGUGGAUGAAUGCCUACAAAAGAAUCCAAGAAGAUGUUGAGAAGGCCAAUUAA